UUCUUUUGUCCUGAGUCUUCUCUCUGUUUUCAACAUACGUCCUUAUAUAUUGAUUGAUUGAUUGACCGUGUCUCUGAAAUCCAUUCUUUAUCUCGAAUCCACCAGUCGAGGUCUAUCGUUUCCCGCUCCAGUUGAUCCCCCUGAUAGUUUCUUGGCGGUUUCGGGCUCGAUUCUAGUCGCCUAAGGCUGGGAACAAUUAAUUCACUUGCCGCGUCCCCACGUCAUCUUAAACUUUCUGCCUUUUUCUUUCGUGUCUUCUCUUUUUUACUCUUAUCGCCUAGCCCAGUUUGAUCUGUUCUAUGGCUCGUGGGUGGUUUAUGUUCGACAGCUAUUAAUUUCACUAUCCCCCGUCUGGUCCUGAUUCCGAGAUAGCCGUCCUUGACCAGCUGCACGGUAUCAGCACAAGAUGGCGCAGGCCGACCCAUAUGAGGAACCGGGCUACCGAGCCGAAGAGAGCAAUGAGAAGACCCAAGUCAAGAAGCCAAAGUACAAUGACUUUGCGCAACAGCGGCUCAAGGCCUUCCAGCCCAUGCUGACCCCGAAGACGGUGCUUCCCGUCUUCUUCUCCCUCGCCAUCUUCUUUUCGCCCCUGGGGGGUGUUCUGUUGUGGGGCAGCAAUACGGUCCAAGAGAUCCAGAUCAACUACACGGACUGCCUGUACCAGGCGCCCGCCGCGCCCGACUUCUCGCCGAUGCCCAAGGACAAUUUCGCCCUGUCCUUCGGAGCCAAACAAUCGUUCGCGCCCAUUUGGCAACACGACAAUACGACCACGCCGAAGAAAUGCACCUUGCGAUUCGACAUCCCGGAUACCAUGGGACCCCCGGUGUUCCUCUACUACCAAUUGACCAACUUUUACCAGAAUCACCGCAAAUACACCAAGUCCCUCAACAUCCAGCAGUUGCAGGGGGAUUGGGUGAGCAAUCAGACCAUUAACGGCGGAACGCUGAAGUGCGAUCCCGCCAAGUCGGUGGACCUGGACUGCGAGACGGGCAAGGCGUACUACCCGGCGGGGGCGAUCGCCAACUCCAUGUUCAACGACACCUUCGACAGCCCGCAGCGGGUGGACCGCAGCGGACACAUCACGGGCGAGUAUCCCAUGACGAACAAGGGCAUCGCCUGGAAGAGCGACCGGGAGCAGUUCAAGCCCACCAAGUACAAGAACUGGGAGGUGGUGCCGCCCCGGUACUGGGUCGAGCGCUAUCCGGGCGGCGUGUAUACCGACGAACACCCGAUCCCGAACCUCCAGGAGUGGGAGGAGUUCCACGUGUGGAUGCGAACGGCCGCGCUGCCGAACUUCAGUAAGAUGGCGUUGCGGAACGACGACGUCGCCCUGACGCCGGGCACCUACGAGCUGGAGAUUGGGUACCGAUUUCCCGUCAUUCCCUACGAAGGGACCAAGUCGAUUCUCCUUACGACGCGGACGGUGGUGGGCGGCAAGAACUCGUUUGCGGGGAUUGCCUACGUGGCGGUCGGGGCGCUGUGUUGCUUGGUGGGUGUCGUGUUCACCCUGACGGCGGUUCUGCGCCCACGGAAGGUUGGUGAUGACCAGUAUCUGUCUUGGAACAGACACCACUAGUGUUGUAUAUAUGUUGAUUUGGGGUGAUCUACUGGGAGUUACGACGGGAUUGGAUUUUGUUCUUUUCUUUUUCUAAUUCUUUUUGAUUGUUAUUUUUUUUUUGUCGGGAGAUUGUUGUGAUAUAUUGGAUUGAACUCGUUGAUUUAAA